UGAUAAUAGAUAAAUCAAUGAAUAAUUCGUUUUUAAACAAAAGUGAAUACAGUGAACUAUUAUAAUAUUAAUGACGUGCAACUUACCUGAAUCACCAAGGACGACAACCUUUACUUUCUCAAUAGCAGCCAUUUACAGGUAGGUAUGACCGAAGAACGAUUGGUGACUGAAGUGCCAAGCAGCUUGAAACAACUUGCGAGACUGGUCGUUAGAGGCUUCUACACCAUCGAGGAUGCUUUGAUUGUUGACAUGUUGGUGAGAAAUCCUUGCAUGAAAGAAGAUGAUAUUUGCGAACUUCUAAAAUUUGAACGGAAAAUGUUGAGAGCAAGAAUAGCUACAUUGAAAAAUGAUAAAUUUAUUCAAGUACGACUCAAAAUGGAGACUGGUGCGGACGGGAAAGCUCAAAAAGUGAAUUACUAUUUCAUAAACUACAAGACGUUUGUGAACGUGGUUAAGUACAAGUUGGAUCUGAUGCGCAAGCGCAUGGAGACCGAGGAGCGCGAUGCCACUAGCCGCGCCAGUUUCAAGUGUCCAGCUUGCGGGAAAACAUUCACUGACCUUGAGGCUGAUCAACUAUACGAUAUGAUGACGCAGGAAUUCCGAUGCACAUUCUGUAGCCAAGUUGUUGAAGAGGACCAGUCGGCACUCCCGAAGAAGGACUCGAGGUUGCUGCUGGCCAAGUUCAACGAGCAACUGGAAACACUCUACAUACUUCUGAGGGAGGUGGAGGGUAUCAAGUUGGCGCCGGAAAUAUUGGAACCUGAACCUGUGGACAUCAAUACAAUCAGAGGCUUGACCUCCAAGCAACUGGCGAACAGGCCAUCAGGCGAGCAGUGGUCGGGCGAAGCCACGCGCAGCCAGGGCCUGGCCGUGGAGGAGACGCGCGUGGACGUGACCAUCGGCGACGCGGACCACGCCGCCGACGCCGCCGCCACGCGCAAGGAGCGCCCCGUGUGGAUGGUGGAGAGCACCAUCGUCACCAACGACCAGGGCGACAGCGCGCAGUCGACGGACGCGGCGCUGGAGAAGGCGGCCAGCAACGCCGCCAGCAGCAAGGCCGCGGGCAAGGAGAAGAACGACGACAUCAUGUCCGUGCUAUUGGCUCAUGAGAAACAAAACACUGGUAACGCUGCUGCUAAUGCUUUGAAGGGAGCUGAACCAGAAAGUUCAGAUUCCAGUGACAAUGAAUCCAAAGAUCCGUACAAGCUCAAGGACGAGUUGGCUGCCGUUGCGGAAAUGGAAAGUGAAGAGUCAGAAUCGGAAGACAACGCCCCAACGGUGCUCGUGAACGGCAAGCCGGUGUCGCUGACCAGUGUGGACGAUGACGUCAUCGCGCGCAUGUCCCCCUCCGAGAAGGAGACCUACAUACAAGUGUAUCAGGAGUACUAUAGCCACAUGUACGACUAACUGUUGUAGUUGUAAGAUUUAACACUAAAUGUACUGAGUAAUCAA